UAAAGUGUGUAGCUUGCUUUACUUGGGAGUACAGCGUUCUGCUAGGUCGAAGGAGCUCUACUAUCGCUCCCCUCAAAUUACAGUAUUACACAGACCGAGUACACGAUACACAACAUACAAGCCCAUCACGUCUCACACCAUUACUAUCGUGUCCAUAAACCCCGAUCUAGAAGUCCCAGCCGCAACUGUACCAGCGUGGCACUCAAUUCUAAUAGUCAGUGUUCCCUCCUCUCCUCCUCUCAUUGCAAAAAGAUGGACAACCGCGAAGAACGCCACAAGUACACACGUACAUACACAGUAUGAUUGAGCAACGUCCUACACAGGGGCGAAAAGAGAGCUUCCGGAAGGAGCGAGGGGAAAAGGAAACGGAUUGCAUAUGAAGAUGAACGCCAACGGAGAAAGGGAAAGAGAGAGGACAUGUGAAGAAUGAGUGGUUGUUCAAAUACACGAGGAUGUCGAUAUAAUCAGCUACUCUUUUUUUGACCUCUUUACAAGAACCUCGAAAUCGAAGGAAGAGAGAGCGAAGUGGUACGAAUUCUCCUCUGACUAACGGUGGAAAGUAUAUAGAAGAAGAUAAACAACCGAAACCUCGAACAACAAGAAAUCUUCUAAAAUCUUUGAUUGUCUGCCUGCAACGGAAACAAUCGACCAUCCAAAUCACCAACCUUGAUCCCCAAAAACAUCACAUCACACCACAACACCAACCCCUCCCAAGAGAAGAAAAAAAAACACAAGAUGCCUCAAACAACCCCCCUUCCAACAACCCUCCUCCCACCCCAACAACCCCUCCGCCCAACCUCCACAACAGACGCAAAACCCCUCCCCUACACGGGCUCCCCAAUGCUCCUCUUCCUCUCCGACGUGCGCCUCCUCUUCCGCAACGCGUCCUCGCUCCCAGGGAUAAUGCUCCCGAUAAUCGCGUCCCCGCCCUCCCCACUGGACGAGCUCUUCCCUUCCCCAGGAAACAUGCUGUGUCUCGCGCUCCACAGUUUCCUGAUCGUGGUUGAGUUUGGGUUUCUGCUGAGUUUGCCGGCGUUGGUGUUUGUGCCGCUCUGGGCGGGCAUGUUGUGGGUUGUGGGUGUGUUUGGGGUUGUUGGAGGGGUGAGCUGGGUGUUGAAUGGGGAGGGGGAGGUUAGGAGUCGGAGUGGGGUUUUGAAUGCCGCGGAGAUGAGGGAGAGGGAGAAGGAGUGUUGGGUGUUCUUGAAUGGGGUUAGUGUUGGACACCACUGGCUCCAAAACAACGUGGACAGGAUCGCGCAAACUUUCCGGCGCCCAAUUCUCGGCGUACACAACAGAACGUACGGUAUAAUCUUCGACCUCAUCCAGUGCCUGAUUGAGCGUAACUUCUGCUACGCCACGGACGACAUUCGCCGUUCGUACGCCAUCAUCCGUGAGAAGCUGCUGAACCCAGACUAUACAAAGGUCGUCUUGAUCCUACACAGCCAAGGAGGCAUCGAGGGGAGCUUGAUAUUGGAUUGGUUGCUGGGGGAAUUGUCUCAUGACAUCAUCCACAAACUCGAGAUCUACACCUUCGGAUCAGCUGCAAAUCACUUCAAUAACCCGCUGCGUCAUGUGAAUAGUGAGUCUUCCAAGAACGAACACGUUCAUGCCAAUGCCGUGCGCCAUAUCGAGCACUACACCAACAACGGCGAAUUCGUCGCAAGGUGGGGUGCCAUCACAUUUGCGCACACAGAGAACAGGUAUAUGGGUCGCAUGUUCAUCCGGCCAGGAUCGGGUCAUCUCUUGAAUCAGCAUUAUCUGAAGAGCAUGUUUCCGCUAGGUAAAGAUGGGCGCGUCAUGGAGCGCAAUGCAUUCAUGGACAUGGAUGUCGAGCUCCCCGGACAUCAUAGUGGUGAUCACAAUACCAGAGAAUAUGUGGAGACGGUAUUGAAUGAGGGCGACCCUGUGGGUGGGGAACAUGAGCAACCAAGACCAGUCAGAACGGCCAAAGUAAAGGAUUUUUCGAGGUUGUGGGGUUAUCGAAACGGAAUGAACCCUCCCGAGUAA